UAAAAUUUAAACUUUUUAUUCUGAUUGAAUACCUACCGAUAGGCAAACCAGCUUCACACUUCUCCUCGUCCCUGCUUAUCGUGUAGCCGGGGAAGUACAAAUCCGAACAAUCAGGGAAAACCAAAAAAUAAGAGUCACUGCCUGCCCCACUGAAAAAAAUAAGGCGCGCCAGUGAAAAAUUGAGAAUCCCUUUAUCAGUGUUUAUCUCGAGCCCAAUUUUCUAUUGCUCUCCAAACUUCAGAGCCACCCCACACAAAAUGUCUAGCAGAAUAGAAGAUAUUACCGAUUCGAUCACCGGAUCUGAAGUUCCAAACGGCGCUGCAGCCUACGCGGAAGACGAAACCGAACAGAGGGAAGAAGGUCAAGAGACCAACUCCAAACUUUUGCACCCAAGACCUUCUGGGUUCAGGAAGGAACCAUACUACAAAAAGCUUAAACUAGAACAAUCAACACGUCCAGCCUCUCCAUAUACCUUAAAUCCACCAAUCGAUUCCGACGGGUUGUCAUGGCCAUCCAUCGGCGCCCGCCAACGUAUCGAUGCCACGUCCGAUGAAACCAAGGGUCGCGAGCAGAGAAUCGCCGCUGCGGUAAAGACGAUCUUGAGCGAGUUAGGUGAAGACGUCAGCCGUGAAGGGUUGUUGGAGACCCCAGAGAGAUACGCCCGUGCGAUGCUAUUUUUCACCAAGGGUUACGAAGACAACAUCAGGGAUGUGAUCAAGAGAGCCGUCUUCGAGGAGGAUCAUGACGAGAUGGUCAUUGUAAAGGAUAUCGAAAUUUUUUCUCUUUGUGAGCACCAUUUAGUUCCCUUUUUUGGCAACGUGCACAUUGCUUACAUCCCAAACAAGAAGGUCCUUGGAUUGUCCAAGCUCGCUAGAUUAGCAGAAAUGUACUCCAGAAGAUUCCAAGUUCAAGAAAGGUUGACCAAACAGAUUGCUAUGGCUUUGAGCGAGAUUUUGCAGCCAAAAGGUGUUGCAGUGGUCAUCGAGGCCAAACACAUGUGCAUGGUUAGCAGAGGCGUCCAGAAGACCAGCGCUGUCACCACCACCAGCUGCAUGUUGGGUUGCUUUAGAACCCAGCAGAAGACUCGUGACGAAUUUUUAACCUUGUUGGCCAGAAAGUAAGGCAUUCCUGUCUGUAUUGGGACCAGUGGUGGAAUUACAAAAGGAUAUCUAUUUAGAUAGAUAAUCCAUCAUUUGAAUAACUGCUAUCAUCCCACAAUGUAUUUAUAUCCCAAUAUUACCAACGUGUUUUGAUCUUUUGCAUUUCAUCUUUUUAGAAUAGCACGAUUAAUGGAUCCGCACAGCCUGGGGCUUUUUAUGACCUGAA